AUGGUAUCAUUGAGAACUCUGGAAGCAGACGAUACAGCUGUAACAAAAGUACCAUCUUCCAUAGUAAAAUUGAAGAACCUGAGAUCUUUAUCUCUAUGUGGUUCGGAACGGUUAACUGGCUCUUUGCCCCAUUCUUACCUGAGAUCAACCGGUUUUUUGCCCCCUUUGUUAGAUGGCUUAAACUCUUUAAGAAAAUUAGCUCUUGCAGACUGCAGUUUAACAGAUGAUGAACUCCCUAAGGAUCUUGGGAGCCUAAGUUCCUUAGAACAUUUAGAUUGUGGACAAAAUUCUUUUUGUAGACUGCCAAGCCUAAGUGGUCUUUCAAAGCUGGAAUAUUUGUGUUUAAAUGACUGCAGAAAACUUCGUGCAAUCCCAGAAUUACCGAAAAAUCUGAAAGUUCUGAGAGGGUUUGGCUGCACAGCAUUGGAAACAAUGCCAGAUUUUUCAGAAAUGUCAAGUAUAAGAGAACUAUAUUUAUCUGAUUCGUACAAACUCACUGAGAUUCCUGGCUUGGAUAAGUCAUUAAACUCCGUGACAAGGAUUCAUAUGGAAGGCUGCACCAAUCUCACCACCAAUUUCACAAAGAAAAUCCUACAGGGAUGGACUUCUUGCGGAUUUGGAGGCAUUUAUCUUGAAGGAAUUUAUGGUAUUCCAAAGUGGUUCAAGUUGGUCGGUAAUGAGUACAAUGUAGUGGAUUUUAAAGUGCCCCAAAUUUUCAGUUGUGAUUUAAAAGGGUUAACAUUGUGUUGCGUUUACUCUUCAGACAACCCAAAACCAAAAGAUGGUCUUGGCAUUAUGGUUAGAAAUGUAACGCAGGGAACUACUUUGCACACCUGGCCAGCAAUUGCCUCGGUAAAAACAGACAGUAAACAUGAAGAUUAUUAUCUUUGGCAGGGACAACUAUCGAACGAUAGGCUCAGUUUGCAAGGUGGGGAUAAAGUCCGGCUUUCUGUAUUUGCUACAGUUGAUUUUGUGAUAGUGAAGAAAGUAGGGGUCAAUCUAGAAUGGGACAAAGUUAUGAAGGAAAAUAUGCAUGAUUCGGAUCCUCAUCUAUAUGAUUUGGACCCAAAUCCUGAUUGGUUGUCGAGAACUCCAGAUGAGGCAGGACCAAGCCAAGGCGAACCAUUAAGAGAAUUAGUUCUUGCAAGCUGCAAUUUAACUGAUAUUGAAUUAUCUAAAAAAUUUGAAACAGCAGGUUCUACAGAUGUUCGCAUGAUUGGUAUUUUGGGGAUGGGCGGCAUUGGAAAAACAACGCUUGCCAAAACCAUUUAUAACAAUUUUGAACGUAUCUUUGAAGGUAGGAGUUUCCUUGCAAACGUGAGGGAAGUAAUUGCACACCAACCCAUUACUGGUCUGGUUGGUUUGCUAGAACAACUUCUAAAUGAUAUCUUGAAAAGCAAGGACCCCAUAAAGGUUGAUUCUGUUGAGGUGGGGAUCGAUAUGAUAAGAGCAAGACUUUUCUGUAAAAGAGCACUUGUCAUAAUUGACGAUGCGGAUGAUCUACAGCAACUAAAAGCAAUAGCUGGAGCUCGUGAUUGGUUUGGUCCUGGAAGUAGAAUUGUUAUAACAACAAGAAAUAAACAUUUGCUAGAGCAAGUUGGAGUGGAUAGCAUAUAUAUGGCUGAAGAAAUGGAUGAAAAAGAAGCUCUAGAGCUUUGGCAUGCCUUCGAAAGUGAUUAUCCUAAUCAAGAAUAUCUUGACCUCGAAAGUGAUUAUCCUAAUCAAGAAUAUCUUGACCUCUCAAAACGUGUAAUUCGUUACUGUCAAGGUUUGCCACUAGCACUUAAAGUUUUAGGGUCUUUUCUGAAGAAAAGAACAACAGCAGAGGGGGAAAGCCAUUUGGAGAAAUUGGAAAGAAGUCCUCCUGAUGGAGAUAUUCAAAAAAUACUCAGAAUAAGCUUUGACAGCCUACCUGAUUAUACAACGAGAGAGAUAUUCCUUGAUAUAUCUUGUUUCUUUAUAGGAAUGGACAAGGACUAUGUCACACAAAUAUUAGAUGGAUGUGGCUUCUCUGCAACGAUAGGAAUCAGUGUCCUCAUUGAACGGUGCCUUGUAACUGUUAGUGAGCAAAAUGAGCUGAUGAUGCAUGAUUUGCUUCGAGACAUGGGAAGAGAGAUCGUUUAUGAAAAUGCACACGGACACCCUAAAAAAUUUAGUAGAUUGUGGAAACGUGAAGACGUAACAGAUGUAUUGAGUGAUGAAUCUGAAACUGAAGAAAUUGAAGGAGUUGCUCUAGAUUUGCAUCGAGAUGUGUUUGUGGUUGUGUUUCGAUAUUUGGAUCCAGAUUUCCCUAUAUUCAGUACACAAGCAUUUACCAACAUGAAAAAACUGAGGUUACUCCGCCUCAGCGACGUAGUGCUCACUGGAAAGUACAAAGAUUUUCCCAAAAAGUUAAUAUGGUUGUGGUGGCAUUAUUUUCCUAGAGAGUCCAUACCAGAUGACUUUCCUGUGCAACCAAAACUAGUUGCUUUAGACCUGCAAUAUAGCCAACUCAAAAUAGUUUGGAAGGAUUGCAAGUUGCAUGAGAAUUUGAAAAUCCUUAAUCUCAGUUAUUCCCUUAAGCUAACAAAAUCACCAGACUUUUCAAAACUCCCAAAUCUCGAGGAAUUGAUAUUGAAAGGUUGUAAGGAGUUGAUUAAGGUUCACUCAUCCAUCGGGGAUCUUGGAAGACUUUCUUUGGUAAAUCUUGAAGGCUGCAUAAGUCUAUGGAAUCUCCCACGGAAUUUCUAUAAAUCCAAGUCUAUUGAAACUCUUAUACUGAAUGCUUGUCAAAGGUUUGGAAAGUUGGCUAAGGGCUUAGGGAACAUGGUAUCAUUGACAAUUUUGGAAGCAGAUAAGACAGCCAUCAGACAAAUUCCAUCUUCCAUAGUAAAAUUGAAGAAGUUGAGAAGUUUAUCUCUAUCUGGCCAUCGGUGGUUAACUGCAUGCAGAAGACUUCGUGCAAUCCCAGAUUUACCAACCAAUUUGUAUGUUCUGAAAGCAAAUGACUGCCCAGAAUUGGAAACACUUCCAGAUUUUUCAAAAAUGUCGAAUAUGAGAGAAUUGUAUCUCCGUGAUUCGUUCAAACUCACUGAGGUUCCAGGCUUGGAUAAGUCAUUAAACUCCAUGACAAGGAUUCAUAUGGAAAGCUGCACCAAUCUGACUGCCGAUUUUAGGAACAACAUCCUACAGGGAUGGACUUCUUCCGGAUAUGGUGGAAUUUAUUUGAAUGGAAUUUAUGAUAUUCCUGAGUGGUUCAAAAUCGUCAAUGAUGUGGACAAUAUCGUCUUCUUUGAAGUUCCUCAAAGAAUCAUGGGUCGUGAUUUAAAAGGGUUGACUAUAUGCUUCGGUUACUCAAGCAGGUCUUAUUCGCAUUAUCCGGAAUAUGUAGAUUCUCAAGAAGGUCUUAUUGGCAUUAUCGUUAGAAAUCUUACCAAACAAACUGCUUUGCGCACCCGGAUAGCAUUUGCCUCGGUAAGACCCAACAGAUACGGUGAACCUGAAGACGAUUAUCUUUGGCAGGGACAAUUGUCAAACGAUAUGCUCCGUUUGGAAGGCGGUGACCACGUAUCGAUUCUUGUAAGGCCUGAUGAUGUUGAUUUUGUGAGAGUGAAGAAGACAGGGGUUCAUCUAGAAUGGGACAAACUCAUGAAGGAAAAUAUGGAUAAUCCGGAUCCAUAUCUGGAGUUUUUUAGGGGAGUUGAUGACGCAUUUUUCAGGGGCAGUGUUAUACAUGAACAAUUAGCAGUGGAAUCAUAUCUGAAUUUUUUUGCGAUUGUUCCCGAUGAUGAAAUGAGUGAUAUAGUUGAAGAAUCAGCAGUGGAAGACGAUCCUUUUGGCCGUGGCGGAUGAUGGAGCAGGACGGAGCCAUGAUGCAUUUGUUCCCACUAAUCAAUCGAGUGUUGUGGAUGAACAAUUAGCUGUGGAGGGGUGUUUCGGGCAUCUUAAAAGUUUUUUAUUUAAUCUUUUCUUCAAUUGUUUUUCCCACCCUCGUUGAUUGUGAUUGGUUGCCAAAGAAUUCCGUUGACGGGACUGAUUUAAGAUUGAAUUUUCCUGUUUUUUUUUGGCCAAAGAAUUUAAUUGCUAAGGAUCGCAACCUUGAAUUGAAUUCUACACAUUG